CCCGCCUUCGUAGUUUUCUUCCCUCCACUCACACACGGGGCCGGCCACCUACACGAGCGCCAUGUCUCGCUACUUGAGGCCUCCCAAUACCUCGCUGUUCGUGCGGAACGUGGCGGACGACACCAGGUGUGUGUCUGAAGACUUACGUCGUGAAUUUGGUCGUUAUGGCCCUAUCGUUGAUGUGUACGUUCCUCUGGAUUUCUACACUCGUCGACCAAGAGGAUUUGCUUAUGUUCAAUUUGAGGAUGUCCGUGAUGCCGAAGAUGCCCUUCAUAAUUUGGAUCGGAAGUGGAUUUGUGGCCGUCAGAUAGAAAUACAGUUUGCUCAAGGAGAUCGGAAAACACCAAACCAAAUGAAAGCCAAGGAAGGAAGAAAUUUGUACAGCUCUUCACGUUACGAUGACUAUGACAGAUACAGGCGUUCUAGAAGCCGCAGUUAUGAAAGGAGGCGUUCAAGAAGCCGAUCCUUCGACUACAACUAUCGCCGAUCUUAUAGUCCUAGAAACAGUAGACCUGCUGGAAGACGUCGCCGUAGCGGAAGUCGUUCAGAUAAUGAUAGGUUCAGACACCGUAAUCGAUCUUUUUCAAGGUCAAAGUCCAAUUCAAGAUCGCGAUCUAAGUCACUACCCAAAAAAGAAAUGAAGGUCAAAUCACGUUCUAGGUCUGCGUCUCGUACUAAAUCUAGAGGCACUUCUAAAACGGAUUCUAAGACACACAAUAAAUCCAGCUCGAGAUACGAAAAAGAAGUGAGGAAAAAAGAACCAGCUAGAUCCAAAUCUCAGUCAAGAUCUCAUUCUAGAUCUAGAUCAAAAUCCAGAUCCCGGUCAUGGGCUAGUCCCAAGUCCAGUGGCCACUAAAAGUGUAUCUUGUUUUUUUAGGCAUGUAUCACUCAACUGUGCAGGCAACUAUUACAAUUAAAACACGAAUUGAGAAUCUUAUACAAGAGUCCACUUCGUUAAAUGUCAUGGGCAACUACUGACGUUGUUGUGGUGUCUGUGUAUAUUUUUGUAAUACACUUGCAUUUUUAUGCUUCAAAUAUUGAUGGUACCUUGAUUACGACCAUAGUUUACAGUGUUGCCCUUAUAAGUUCAUCCACAAAGAAAAUGUUUCUUCUAACUGUUCCAUGAACAUAAGUUAUUUAAAUUGUUCAGUACUUCCUGCUGAAAAAGUGGAAAAUUGGGCAGCAAUAAUGCAACACUGACAGCAAAUAUAAACUGGUCAUUUCAAAUUCUAGAUCAAAAGUGGAGGAAGAGGGUUGGUAUUCUUCAUACUCACUUGUAUCAAGACGGCUGGUUGCUGGAACAAAUGGAAAUAUAGUUUUGAGGUAUUGGUAGUAUAACAAAGUGGUCUAAGAUCAGCCAUGAGAAGUUAUUGUUAGGUGUCUCCUAAUAUUUGAACCCCUACAAGUGUAUGUGUGGAGGGUGUUCCAUUGAGUAAUUAGGUAAAUGUGCUUACACUUAUGCAGUGUGGUAUAUCAAGUUUUAGUGAGCAGUUGCCCACAAAUUGCUUAGGGCUUCUUGCUGUAUAGACACAAGGUAAACUUCUAAUUAGUAUGUAUGGUAUGUCAGAACUAAAUUUUAUGCCAGUGACUUCAUUAGGUAGCUUGUGUCCCAUCACUACCGAUUUCCAACCAGGCCUCUAAUCCUAACUGGCAGCUUGCAUUUAUAGUUCAGAACCUCCUUUAAGCAGCAGGUUUCAGUUUGUACCCUUUGCUUUUGAUUUGUUGCAUUAAAACUGAAAUUGAAAAAAAAUUGCCAUGGCAUAAUCGCAAGUAUUUCCUGGAGAUGGCAUGAUGUUGUAUUAUGAACGUCACAAAGCUAUUGAAAUGUAAAAAGUCAGCUUCUGACAGCUCAUGGUCCCUCUGCUUCUGUUAAGUAGGAUCAAUGAAUGUUGGUGAAAGGCUACUUGCAAAUACAGCAUGGCCGUUCUGAACAAAAGCUGGCUUUUUAAAAUACUGGCUGUUGGACAUGUUUAAGGGUGAUUCUAGAAUCUUUGUAUAUUAGAUAGUAUUUCUAACUUUGGUUAUUGUUGUUCAUGUUCUGCUAUGCAAUCAUUUAUAUCAGCAUUCCUUUAAUUUUGUAGACUUUUCCCUGAUGUAUAGUUUGAGAGAACAGUGUAUUGUUAAAAACUGUAGCAUUAGAGUGCAGCUCUGGUCAGAGGAAAGUUGUGGAAAUAAACUUUGUAUUUCCUUUCUUAUAGAGGCUUCUUAAAAGGUAUUUUUAUAUGUUCUUUUUAACAAAUAUUGUGUAUGACUUUAAAACAUCACUGUUUUGAUCAAGGUGUAGACCCAGCUUAUUCUCUGCUUGCUGUAAAUCUAGCAAACAUGCUGUAAUAAAAAGAAAUAUUGAUAUAGAAUUAUUGUAGUCUUAAACCUUUAAAUUUAGCCUUAUUUUGGAACAUGUACAGGUUUGUGAAUGGACAAAAAAAAGUAACUUAUUUGCAUAUCUUGAAUAGUUUUCAGUUUUCAUGUUUAAAUUCAAGCCCUUGUAUCAAACCAUGUUAAUCAAGGGCAGGAACAGUUGCCAGACAUAUUCUGCUCCCUUCUAGAAAUGAUAUAAAGCAUCUUACCAGGUCCCUAUGAAACUGAAUCAAUGAGAUAGUUCAGACUCUAGCUUGAGUGUAUGGCAUUGUUCAUUUGUAUAGGGAUUGCUUUCUUUCCUGGCUGUAAUUAGAAGUGCACGUCUCCACCUCUUGGGAUGACAAAUGGCC